CACACCGUUACUUAGGAGAAGAAGAAGAAGCCCGAGAAGACGCGGAAGUUUGUUUGUUUGGUGAAACCUGCAGUUAAAGUGCAGCGAGUUGAGCUGAAGCGGAGCUACCGGGGACCGAUAAACCGGAGGAGGACUGUUUGUGUCGGUCUGAGCGGAAAUGUCGCAGAUCAGGGAGUACCUGGACGCCGCGGCUCGGCUUUAUGAGCGCUACACGGAGUUUGUGCGGAGGAACCCUGCAGCCACAGCUCAGCUGGAGAACACAGUCCGAACCCUGUCCUACCUGAUGGCAGGGCGCUUCGCUGAUUCUCAUGAGAUCUCCGAGCUUGUGUACUCUGCCUCCAACCUAUUGGUCCUGUUCAACGACAGCAUCCUGCGUAAAGGAGUGAGAGGCGCCCUCUCCACGCCCUCGUCUCAGCAGAGAAUCCUCACCUGGCUGUCGGUGCUGGAGUACGUGGAGGUGUUUCUGGAGGUGGGGGCUGGGAAGCUGUGGGGCGAGGCGGGCCGUUGGCUGGUGAUCGGACUCAUUCACAUUUUUAAGGCAGUUUUUCGCCUCGUUCUCCUCCUGAUGUACAAAUCGGGCCUGCAGACUUCACCUCCCAUAAUCCCCCUGGACAGAGUCUCUGAAUGUGUCAGUGAAGACGACGCCUCAGACGAGCAGCAGGACGACUCCUGCUUCGUGGGUCAGAGGUCGGGUCGAGUCAUCAGACCUCUAGGCAGCGCACCGUCCCUGCAGAGCCGCUUAUGGGGCGCUCCCACGCAGAGGAAGAGGAGGAGCAGCCUGAGGGAGAAGAUCAACAGCAGGCCGACUGACCUGAGCUUCCAGGAGACGCUCGCCGAGUCCGUUUACAUCAGCCGGCCUCUGGUGCACCUCCUCUGCCUCGGCGUCUGUGGGAAGCAGUCGUGGAAGCCGUGGCUCGUCUCUGCCGCCCUGGAGCUGUCGAGCUUCGCCGUCCUCAACGACACCAAGUUUGAAAACCGAUGGGAGAAAGCGGAGAUGAAGAGGCGCGCCUUCCUGCUGUGCUACUACCUGCUGCGCUCGCCGUUCUACGACAAAUACUCCGAGGAGAAGAUCGUUUUCCUGCUCAGACUUCUGGCCGACCACGUUCCGGGAAUCGGACUCGUGGCGCGUCCUCUGAUGGAUUACCUGCCCACCUGGCAGAAGAUCUACUUCUACAACUGGGGGUAGACCUUCACCGCUCCCCCUGGACUAAAGAGCAACGUUCCCAUCGGUCCUGGGAGAACAGACUUUCCUCACUCUGAGGACCUGAUUGUCUGCGGAGGUCAGGCAUGUGGAGCUGCUCCAUUCCUCAGACCUGUGAUUUACGCUGCGGCUCCACGCCGACGGCUCGGAUAAUUUACGGUGGGAUCUCUGAGCGCACAUCGGCUCGGUCCCUGCAGGCCAGAGAGCCGCUUCAUUCCCACAACUGAUGACUUUCCUCCAAUCAGAGGAAAACUGAUUUAUUAUCCUGCAGAAAUAAAGAUGAUCUGGAUGAGACUGUAAAAGAUUUCUGUGUGAGAGACUGAGUCAACGAGAAGCUGCGGGGUUUUUCGUCUUUAUUAACAUACUGAACACGGUUCUCUGUAGCCUACAAAUAAAUAUCUUGAUCCUC